AUGGAGGGAAGUAUUGAUCGUAAACAGCUCCGAGAUCUUAUCCGAAGACAAAGGAGAGAAUCGGAGGUAACCACGUCCUAAAAUGAUAACUGUGGUUGAUUCUCGUUGCAUAAGAUAAACUUUCUUUCUUUAUAGGGCCAGUUAGACGCCACUCCAGAUGUAGAAUUCACCUAUAACGAUGCGGACAAAAAGUCAGCAGAGAUUGCCGGUAAGAAACAACUUCAUUACAGGUCAAUCGUUUGAAUUUACUGGUUGUUAAAGAGUUAUUGAAGUCUUAUUUGACGCCAGGUUAGCCGAAAGUCAAACGAACAGGUUUUAUAACAUGUAGCUAGCGUGCUGUCGUCGAUCGCUAGAUCAUUAAUCAUGACAUUCGCUUUUCGAAAAGCGAGUGUCAUGAUAUUUGAGAGUCGGGGCAACCACAGAAUGCAUGGCUAUUUUAUAAGGAGGUCGACAGAAGGGGUUUACCUCGGUGUAAGAACCUGUGAACUUUUUCUUUGUUGUGUACCUGUGGCUCAGUCAAUUCCAAGCAGAACGCUGCCGAGAUGGCUUUUCCUAUUGUCUGAUAGCAAAUGUUAUUUCUUGUAGCUGCCGAACAAAAAACACUGCAUACCUCUACAUGGUUUCAAAACAUUUUUUCUUCGAAUUAACAGGCAUAUUGUUAAAUCAUGAUUGACCUCUUACCCUGUUAUGUUAUCCUGGAGUUGUGACAUGUCACUCUAUCUUAUAAAAAAAAAACAAACAUACCAAAGAGUAAAAAUAAAAUUAUUCUCAAUGUGCUUUAACUUCACUUCAAUAUUUUUAGGAUGUUUUCAAUAGUAAAAGCACGAGAUUUGCGAAACUCUUCCCGCCUCUGUCAGCUUGCGCUAGACGGAACACAUUUAAACAAAUUCGCUCUCAGCGCAAAACUUUGUGUGUCCCGUUUAUAGAUGAUUUGUCGAAUAUCAAUAAAUUUCUCUCUUUGUUUCCUCUACAGUUACAAUUUAUAAUGUGCCAUUUUAGAAGUCACCGUUAAAAUAGAAAAAUCUCAAAAAUUAAAUUUGCAUUUGCUUCAUAGUAAUUUGAUACUCUGUCAUUUACAUACGGUAAACAUUGCCAAAUUCAUUUCCAUAGCAGUUCACCAAAAAAUCAUUCUCUUUAUUCAUAAAGGUACUUGAUUCUUAUCGCUUAAACUUUUCUUGUCGCCCGUCUGAAUUUUAAAACAUCUCGUGUCGGUGUUUAUAAAGCUUGUCGCUUAUUGUUGGCUUUGCCGUCACUGUCGCAAUUUGGCCGAGGGAGGUUGUCUCUUGUUGCGAUUUCAUUUUACGUGUUGUUGCUACUCUUUGGGCCAUGUCACUUGUCUGAAUUUACCCUGGCAGGGCCUUGCUGUAGGCCCUGGUUUGAAUUUUUGGCUGGACCAACACUCACGGUUUUAAAUAUGAUUAUAAAUUGUUAAGCAAUAAUAUUCUGAUAAUAUUCUGACAUAUACAAAUGAGUUAGAUAACCUUGGCUUCUCACAUAAGGACAAAAACCCUUGGACUCCACCUCACAGCAGUUUUACAGCAAUAUCUGUUCUUUUUUACAUUUUUAUUUUAUCCAUUUUUGAGAGAAAUUGUUACAUUCCCUGAUAACUAAUGAUAAGAAGAGAAAAAAACCGAGUUAUAUUAUUAUAACAAUGAUAGAAGAUGGAAAUAUUAUAACAAAAUAUAUUAUGAAGUCUGGGUAAUAUUUUUGUUUGCCUUAAUGCUCUUUAUGUAAAUGAUUCUUUUCCAGAGCUGUACAGCUACACUGAAGAAAAUGAAUUUAAGUUUAAUCGAGAGGCAUUUGAGAAAACUCUGUUUUCACAAGGUAAGGCCAUGUUGGAAAAGGGUGUUUUGUUUGUAGUGCACUGAAGGCAAUGAUAAAGAACGUUGAACGGUUAGAUCCAGGAUUUGUUAAGACUCCUACACUCCUGUAUAAAAAAUCAACACUUUGUAGAAAAGACACCGUUUUCUUGGCAACUGGUUAAAUGUUACUGGUUCAACAUUGUUGAACAAAAUGGUUGAACAAGCUGAAUACAUUGUAGAUAUGUAGCGGUAACUCAUCCCUUUGUUUAAGUUAAUUUCGUAAAUGUUUUGAACCUUUAAGCCCCAAUAUCCACAUACAAAUUCUCCAAACUGAUCUCUAUACAUUUCCAUAAAGAAUAAGUUGAGAGAAUUUGAUAAAAGAUCAAAGUAUUUUCUCUUAGGUGAUUACUGUAUUAAUUCUCCUAACCUAUUCUCUUUAUUGUGUAGUGAUAUUGUUAUGAGGAAAUUGAUAUUGAUCACUUUUGGGACUUAAAUUGUGAAAGUGUUUGGGUCUUGCAUAGUCUGCUUCACAGCCGUUUUUGGUGUUGUCACGCAACGCUCCUCCCCACCAGGGUAGGAGCGUUGCGUGACGACACUAAAAACGGCUGUGUAGCAGACUAGGUCUUGCAUGUCUCUCAUCCAUGGUGCAAGCAACAUUCUUGGAAAGCUGCACCUGUGCGAUAGUCAUAUUAUGAUGGGAAUAUGUUAAUUGUGAAAUUGAAAUGACGAGCAAGUUAUUUUUCAACCUAAGCAGGACUGUCUUUGUGGAAAGAAUGAUGCAUCCUCGGAGACCCAGGGGCAGAAUAGUGGGGGCGAGGGAAAGUCUAAACGGGUGGAAAAAUAAGGCACAAAAGAAAAGUAAAGAAUGGCCAGAAGAGGCCCUGGGGACAAUGUCUUACCAGACCAGUUCCAAACGGUCGCCGCCAUUCUGGCUUCUGAUUGGUGCCAGAAAAACACAAGUUUUUUGGCACCAAUCAGAAGACAUUGUCCCCAGGGGCUCUUCUGGCUGUUCUUUACUUUUCUUCGUGCCUUAUUUUUCCACCCGUUUAGACUUUCCCUCGCCCCCACUAUCUGCCCCUGGGUCUCCAAGGAUGAGAAUGAUGCUUUGUUACAAAUAGUUAUGGUGAAUUCUGGGACUCAUCUCAUGAAGAACUGUGACUCCCAGUGUAGAACCAAUGAGUCGCAGUUAAAAAAAAAAAAUACUUGGGUCUUUAAGUAGCCAGCAGACAGUUAAUCAAAAUUCAAAAGCAAAACUCUUUCUUAAAGUUUACUGAAAUUAAAAUAUGCAAAUGUAGUCCUUCUGUUUAAAUCACAAAGAAGAUUAAAAUAAAUGUAGCGGCUCUCCUAACCCUAAAAGACAAUUGGUUCGAUACCCUAACUGUAAACAAUGGGAAAUAAUGAUAAACAAUGAGGUGUUAUUGUUUUUUUUGACCAUUGAGGAAACACCUUACAAGCAGCUCCUACAUUACUGAAAUAAAUGGUGAUUGUUAACAAACCAUAAGUUAUUUUGCGUUUUUGGGGAUUUCUUGUGUGUCAGGUAGGCAGGAUGCAGAGGUUACAAAAUCACUGCUGUUCAUCCUGAGUACAGCUCUUAACUCACAGUCUCAGGCCAUAGUUAAUAUGAUACCUCAGGUUAAGUUUUUUUACAUGUCUGAACCCCCCACUUAGUAAAUAACUUUUAUACUGUAUAAAUAUUUUCAAUUAGGUUAUGAAAAAUGGAUCACAAUGAAGAAAAACGAGAAGAAAAAGUUUUUGUUUCUCAUUAUGGAGAAAUGUGAAGCAGUAGACCCUGAGGUCAGACUUAAAGCAGCAAGAGUAUUACUUUAUCUCGUACAAGGUACGUUAAUAAUUAUUUAAAGUUUACAUAUCUUUAAUUUAUCCACCUACAGAUGUACUAUAAUAAAUAAACCUUCUGCACUCAAGUGCAAUCUAGGAAAAGGUGUUAGCCAGCACUUUUUAGCAUAGCCUGCGUUGCAGACAUCAUGUCCUGGUCAUAAAAUGAAUAUGGCAGAAAAUACAUGUCAUGAUGGUCAAUGUCAUUGUAAAGUAAUAUAACGUAGCAAAAAGGACUGAAACUUCUAUGCUUAUUGCAGUCUACCAAGAAUCCUUUCCCUCACUUUUCAAUUUUACAAAAUGCUGUUACAGUUAAUAAAAGUGAAAAAAUAAACAAGGUUUCACUACGUUGGUUAAAAAAAAAGACAAAAUUCGAGCUGGCCUGAAGCUGAAUCAAUGUCUAAAAAAAGUUUUGGAAAUACAGAAAAAGCCUACUAUAUAGAAAAGGAAAGUUAACUAAAAAAAAAGGAAGAGAAGAAAUGAAAGAGAAGCCUAAUCUUCUGACAGAUCUAGCCCCAUUAAAUUUAAAUCACCCUCAUAUUCGAAGUAAAUAAUAUCGUUUUUGUCUUCUUAGGAAAUUUUGGUGAAGUUAGCGAUGAGGAAGAACAGAGAGAAUGGGUAAUUAAGUUUGAAAUAUGAUUACUGAAAAUCGUCUAUUUGAUGAAAAAUGAGUAUUCAUCACCUUGUAAAUGUUUUUUUUUUUAAUUUGCAGUCUCAGUUGAAUGUCUUCUUCCUUUACAAAAAUGGUAUUAUGCCUCUCCUUAUUCAGCUUCUGAAUGUAGAAAUCGAGUAAGUGAUAGAGAUUUAUUAUCCUUUUCUAUUACUAUUAUUUUUCUAAUUAAAAAUAAUCAAGACUGGCAUACCAGUUUGGGUUCGAAGAAGAAAACGCAUUUGGUUUGAUCACAUUCAUUUAAGUUUAUCUGCAGUACACUCUUGGAAUCUUUGAAGCUAGACAACACUAUUAAGGAACAUGAUAGUAGUUUAAGGUGGUGGAUAGAGAAAACUGGACCAAAAUGACCUCAAGAAAAGUCAAAACUUACGCCUUUGGGUAUUUACGUUGGACGGUGUGGUCAGUUACUAAGGCAUGGUGCAACGAAAGGGAGUUUAACAGCUUGCCAUUCGGCCAAGCUGUAGCUAGCAUGUACUAGCCUAAAAUUCAUUUAGCACGAAAAACAAUUUUUGAUUAGUGGGUUUGAUUACAGUUGUUCUUUUGUGAUUUGAAUUGCCCGCGAAACGUCACUUUCCCAUCGGGCAACUUAAGAACAGAGCUCGCCUCAGUCCCGGGCUAUCGGACACUACUUUCUUUGUACGCUAUGAAGGCCACGUGCGAAAAUUCAGGUGGUUUAGACAAAGCAACAACAACAACAAGAACUGCUGCAGUGGCAGCAGUAGUAGUGAAAAGCAAAAAAAGCCCCAGCGGUCUUUAAUUUUGGGCUGUUUAUGCCGCCAGCCCUUCGUUAUUCCUAACAUGCAGUUGCAAGAUCUAUGAAGCAGACAUAAAGUGAGUAGCCAGCGUGGCUGAACGAGCGGUUGAAGGGCUGGGGCCCAUAUUUCAAGGCCAGCCCUGACCACAGUUUUCGAUUUUUUCUCGGUGGUCGAGAGUUCAAAUUCUCGGCCACGCUUGUAAACUAGGCAACUGGCUUGCCUCCUAUCAGUUGGGAUUCUUAACCAUGUUAUGUUCCUUUUGAAUUAUUUCUUUCCCCAUAAGGAUAGAGGAUAUGUAACAAAUAGAUUCCAUGUUGCCGUGCGUCUGUUCACUAAUAUGGAGUCUUUAAGAUCCGAUGACGGCGACAUGCAACGUGAGCAUCAAAAAGGCAAAUAGGUCUAAUUAGCCAAACAACUUUGCACGUGCAUCACGCUUUUUUGUACAUUUCUUUGCCGUCACUGCACGACUACUACGUGAAAAUGCCUAGUUUUACGUUUUACGGAGGACGUAAACAAGCAAGGACGAAAUUUUCCGGAAUUUGCUUUCUCUUUCCAAACUUGGAUAAGCUCUUGGAUAAGGCUCUAUGCGAAUUCUCCUGGAAUUCAACUCCAGGAGAGUUCGCAUACAUUUGACAAAGUGAACGAGCUAAAAUAAUCGAGAUUAAGUUUGAAAAAGUCCCAAUUAACCUUUUUCUCUCCUGCUGUCACCGUCCUCCAAGCAUCUUAAACCGCGUCCCAAAUAGAUCACAGAUGACGCCAAAAUGUAGUAAAAACAAACAAGUGCUACUUAGCAGACCCACGGCAACAUGGAACUAAUCUAUUCGUUUUAUAUGUUGAACAGAAAAGAAAAAGCGACAUACUUGCCUCGUACCGCUUGACCGUUCGAGGAUUUGUGCCAGUUUAGACAUUUUCCAAGUGAUAAACGCUGCUUUUCGUAUCUGCUUCUUUUUUCUUCUUUAUCUUACUUGUAUACACUCUCUACGAAAAGCUUUCCAACGACUGCUGUUGCUCAAAGCAGAAUAACUGCGAGAACAUUUUCAAAACUCUGAGUCUCUUGAGCGAUGCCACACGAUGUCAAUGUUUUGAAGAUUUCUUCCACUUUAGGCAUUUUCAAGUCGUCAAUAACUCUUUACCAGUCGGUUUCGCCGUUUUCUCCCUUGUGAACAGUGCGUACUAAACUUUUUUCGUGGCCUUUGCUUGCUUAAUUGGAAAUAAUCUCGCAAACAUUUUUAAACCACGCGCCACAUUGAGCAAAACAAAGUUAACAAGUUUCCUGUGACGUCAUCCUUGUGUUGUUCGACCAAUCAUAGCGCACGUAAUUUUCACCAAAUUAUAUGAUGGCGAAGAGAAGGGUGACGUCACAAAAAUUCAGAUGUGUGAUAUUAGGGGAUUGGUUGCAGUAUUCAGAGAGAACAAGAUGAAAAAUGAUCACUUGACCAAUUUGGUGGGGAGAUAUAAGUACUGGUUUGCUCUGUUGUUUCCAUACAAAUCCUUCUAAAAUUGGCUUGAUCGUAACGUUUACGCUACAGCCCUUAUUUAGAAGGAUUUAUAUAGCGUCAUCGGAGCAUAGCGCUGCUUAAAUCUCCUUACCAAUCUGUACCAACAAGCUGAUUUUUAGAAAGCGGACAUUUUUACAAAAGUUUCCGGGAAAUCCAGUCGGAAUGUAAAGGGGACGAGACUUUUUGGGUCGUUCCAGCAGGAAAUUUCCGGGAGCAACGGAACACCUGAAAAGGUAGUCCUUAUGUUUGUUUGUUUGUUUGUUUGUUUGUUUGCGUUUUUCAUUUCAUCAAAGCCGUCUUUGAUACCAGUUUCAGGCCUUCGCGGUCGUUUUUCGGUAAAUGGAAGUGAUUUGUACAAAUGGUAAAUGCGAUUCCUGGACGAAAUUCAUUUACCAGUGCUGAAUUUUACGUACCAUUUGCCCAAACUGUGGAUCAACUAGUUGGCCAUGUAAAUGGUAGACAACCUGAAUAUGCCAACCCAUCCCAUAAUUUAACCAAUUUAGUUUCUGUGACGUCAUCACCUCUCUUCUCUAUUGCAUGUAUUUAUGGUUAAUAGUGGUUUAUACAGGUAUUUAAGAUAGUCUAAUUCUUUUCCUUUCCAGGAAUUCUCAUGCAGCCUUAUCAGCUUUGCAGAAACCGACAGUGUCCACGGCGGACAGUGUAACACUCAGGUAUGAGGGGGAAUAUUUUACAUGACUCGUUUUUUAAAUAUUUACUUGGGAAGCUUUGCCUGGAAUAUGAAACUAUACACAAUGACUUCCUAAAGCUAAAAUGUUCCACAAGGUAAUUGUUUUUUUCAACCAUGGCCCAUUUUUGUGAAACAAUACUAAGAUUUGAUUAGAUUAAUUUAGAUUGGAUUAGAUUGAUAGUUUUCUUCGUCAGGGCAUAACUGCAUAGGAGAACUUAAGAUGAAGUGCGUACUAAUCUUGCGCAAGACUUCUUUCCCAAUGAUUUCAGCAAAACCAAAAAACACCCAUUAUGCUUGAUCUGUCGUUCCCUUAGACUAAACUGUGUAGGAUACUUUUCAUAUAAAAUUGCCCUUCUUCAUCACAACAACAGCAUUAGCAACUGCUUUCUUUAUGUCAGCCAGCAAUUGAAUGGUUAUCUGUAUUAAUGUUUUUUUUUUUUUUUAAUAACAUUUAUUUGGUUACAACACUUCUAAUGACAAUACUUACAUUUACAUGGAGGAAAAAUAAAAACAAGGUACAAGAGAUAAAGGAAAAAUACGAUGUUACAGCAUUUGCAACUAAUUAAGCUUAAAAAACAAUUUUACAAAAUUGACUACUGUAUUAAUGUUAUGUUUAUCCAUCUCUUCUUGAACAAGAGUAUACCUGAAUAUUAUCUACACGAUGAUCGAAACCAUGCGUUACGCUGACCCAGGUGACUGCGAGGAAAUGGCUCACGCUCAAGAGGCUUUCUUUACUGAGUUAAGUAAGUAGUUGUCCGUGUCACGUUCUCUGUCUAAGAACCAGGAUGGUCUAAGUCACAUAAAAAUCAAAGAUUCAGUUUUUUUAUUUCAUAAAAACAACUAUCACUGUACAGAAUUACUGUUAAAGAGGUUUUACUUGAAUGGUCACACCUUAGGGGUUUAUCCACGGACUCCCCAGAAAAAGGUACAACUGUUUUGUAAACCGCGAUAAACAGUACCAAAGGGAAGUAUUGCUCAGUGACUUUCAUUUGAAUGGUCACACUAAAGGUGUUCAUGUACAGACUCGAAAGUUAGAACCACCUUGUACAGCAUAAUAAACAGAACCACAGAGAAGUACUGCUAGCUUCUGUAGCUUUCAUCUGAAUGGUCACAGUAAAGGUUUUCUUCCACAGACUCAGGUUAGAACCACAUUGUACAGCAUAAUAAACAGUACCACAGGAAAGAACUGCUCAGUAGCUUUCAUCUGAAUGGUCACACUUCAAGAUUUCGUUCUAAGACUCAAAAAUUAACAACACCUUGCACAACAUAAUAAACAGUACCACAGGAAAGUACUGCUCAGUGGCUUUCAGUUGAAUGGUCACACUUGAUUAUUUCAUCCACAGACUCAAAUCUUAGAACCAGCUUGUACCGCAUACAUCAAGGUACUGUUUAUUAUGUUGUACAAGGUGGUUCUAACUUAUGAGUAUGCAAAUGAAAUCCUAAAGUGUCGCCAUUCAAGUGAAAGCUACCGAACAGUUUAGGAUUUCAAGUUCACACAUUCAUAAGUUGGAACUACCUUGUAGAGCAUUAUAAACAGUACCACAGUAAAAUAAUGCACAGUAGAUUCCUUUGAAUGGUAACAUCAUCGGAUUUUAUCGCUAGACUUAAAAUUUGGAAUCACAUUUAACAAAGUUUUAGUCACGCACUAAUGUAAGUUGUUUCUUAACAUGUUAGCUCAGCCAAUGGGAGGCGAUGAACUUUUGCCAAUCCUCUUGCUGGAAAUGGUGCUUAAAUUUUGUGCUGGCAACUGUCCACAUUUUCCAAUCAAAAAAUUCUUUUGCUGCUCUGGAAAACAAUUUUGGUAGGUCAAAUAAUAGUCGCAGUGCAGUAAUAUGUGUUUAGAGAAAAUAUAAAUACUCCCAACCCUUUGGUAAGACAAUUAGAUACAGUCAGAGGGACAAUGGACGGUUUCACUUGUUUCAUCGCUUAGUGAGCUCUCUCCACGAUGAAGAUAUGGGUACUAUAUUAUCCAUUCGCCAGUGCACAUAUAAAACGAUGAGUAACUUGUAUUCUGAGGAUAUAGACUACAUAUAAUAUAAUUAAUUUUUGCACCUUCAAGGUCCUAAUGUCUAAAAUUCACAAUUCACACUUUAAUAAUAGCGCUUCACACGUUACUUCACACUUUAAAACGAUUCAAUCGCAUAUCGUCGUGCUUUGUCGUGCAACGUUUUUGCAGGUUUCUCUGGGUGGAAUAGAAGAACUGGCAAAGAGAAAGGAAGAAGUCAGAGUAGCUUGUGGCUUGCCUGCGAGUUACGAGUUACAAUGCCCGCCGCAGCAACCCAUCGACAACGAGAGAAUUCCCGCCCCACACACCCCUCCCCCAGGAUCGGAUAGUGACAGCAAUGGUGAAAUAAUAUGGGACAGGAGCGAGGAGGAACCGCAAGAACAGCGUCACAGGCCGCCCAAACCACGGCCUAAAGUCAGGUAUUAGAGACCUUUAGAUUCGAAGACGAGAACGACCACGAGUACGAGAUUUCGCCUCUUCUCAAAAUAUUACCCUGGGUGCCAGAGGCUCCGGUUUUUCUCGCGGCUUCAACGCUCAUGUCUUUUCUUCACGAGUCGCCCUGCGUCGACUCAAAAUACGCAUAAAAAAACCUCCCCAGGGUAAAAAUGUAGACUUUUUGGAGAGAGGGCGGACGUCUCCUUUCUUCCGCCCUUUUUUCUCCGCUCAACACUUUACGCUGCGCACUGCCCUCCACUAUCAGCACACCUGGAAAAGGAUAACAUGUACAUACAUUGCUAAUGUCUUUUCUUUUUUUCGCAGACAAAAAGAUGUGGAUAUUUUUCUGGAUAAUACUAGGAACAAGUUCGUUGGUUUUCAGUUGAGAGGGUAAGUGCAUUAACUAAUUAAAGUAAAUGAAUAUAUAGGCUAGUAGUUGUAAUAAAGUAUUUGGUAGCCUGCGAGCAACUCUCCAUUUCGAGUGGCCAGCGGCGCCUCCCGCCCUCGCGUCUCCUUUCGGCUUUCGUGUACCUGGUCGCGCAUGUCUUGUCGCGUUAUCUCGCAAAUGGAGAGCUUGCUCGCUGGCUCAGGAUUAUGAGAAUCCCGACCCAGCAUUAUCACGCUUUAGUCAUAUGACUCGUGUUCACUGAUAAAUGAGAGCGAGGCCAUAUGGCUUCAUGAAAGCGAGAUCGAGUGGCGUCGAAACAGAGGAUACAAAUAAAAGCUAGCUGAUGACAAAGAACACCCAAGACAAGGUUAGGCUUGCCCGAACGUAGCAGAGGACCAAAUUCCGUAAAAUUCAGGUUUCUCCGUUAAUAAAUUCAGCCACUGUUACUUCUAACCCCGUGGAAACAUGUGGAAGGUUUGCUAAAAAUCUUGAAGGGCCGGCAGCUUGCCUUAAAAAUAAGUGCACCAAUAUAAGUUUUGGGUAUUUGAAUUUAUGAAUUUUUAAAGUGCAAAAAUGGAGUGGUCGCGUGCUAUUUGUAUUUGUUUUAAGAAGUUAUACACAUUGCAAUUGUAUUCAGUUCAACUCUUGAUUUCCUGAAAUAUGAGGAGACAUUUCAGUUCCCUCUUUUGGCCUGAAAACAUUUACUGUAAAUUAAAGCUUAUUGCAAGGAGCGGGAUGAGUGAAGGAACCAUAUAUUAUAUUUGUAGCUUCCCUUCGAAUUUCUCUCCCCGCCCCCUCUUCUCGCCUCUUUUUGUAAUACAGGUGCGGUUCACUCGAUGUCACUGUGACUCAAAUCGACUGAGAAGUUCAGAAAUUGUUGUCACCGAGCGGGUUACAAUGUUUUAAAGUAGUGAAUAAAGACAAUAAACAACAACGGCCAGCAGAUCCUCACAGCAAGACGACAAAAAACUGAUCUGAUUCUAAUCAUUUUUAGAGAUCUAACUAUUGAAGUGAACUUAUUGCCUUAUAGUAGUGGUUUUGUUGUUCCGUUGUAAAGUAAUGUCGUUUGUCUUGAUAAAACGAAGUCUUAAUAGUCUUGGAAAUCAUGCCUGUGGUCCAGACAUUAAAUUUAUAAUAUUCGUGCGUCCUUGCCAUUUCCUACACAACAACGUGACAUUUUUUAUGUUUAUUGUUUGGAUAAGCCGAUUUUAGAAUAAUCGAGUAGCUUUUGUUCCAUCUAUUCAUUCACUGUAAGACAUGCUGUUCUUGUCGCUAUUUGCUUCCAUCUUUCUAUUUAAUUCCUUGGCAGACCAACAGCCAUAUGACUCUUGGCAGACAAGCCAAAUAUGCUUGUGGUUGUCCCGACCUUGGACGUUUCGCUUAGAAAAAGAAGAAAAAUCUUUUAUUAAACGAAGAGGUUCGGUGUGGAGACCGGAACCACUUGUACUGAUUCGGCUAUACAAGAUAAAGUUGCUGAAAGGAUUCUUUUUAAUGACCUGGCAAAAUUUUUUUAAAUUUUAUUUAAUUAACUCGAAAGUUACAUAGGUUAAAACCACCUUGUACAGUCAGCGUAAUAAAUAGUAUAGCAGAAAAAUACUGCUAGGUUGCUUUCUUUUGAAUAGUUACACCCUAGGAUUUCAUCCACUCGGCCACAAGUUAGAAACACCUCGUAUAGCAGAAUAAACAGUACCACAGGAAAGUAUUGCUUAGUAGCUUUCACUUGAAUAGUCACUCUAGGAUUUCAUCCACAGACUCAAAAGUUAGAACCACCUUGCGCAGCUUAGUAAACAGUACCAAAGGAAAGUGCUGCUCAGGAGCUUUUAAAUUUCAAUGGUUGCACUUUAGGAUUUCGUGCACAAACGUAAAAGUUAGAGCCAUGUUACAUAGCAUAAACAGCGCCAGUCAGAGUAAAACUUGUUCUGGUUUUACGCACGGUGGGUGAGCUGAAGUAGUUGUCUUGUAAGAGAAUAUCACGUGAAUAAAAACGCAAGUGCGAGGUUUCAUGGGGACUCUGUAAAGUGCGGAUCCGGACGGCGGAUCCGGACGGCGGAUGCGGACGGCGGACGGCGGACGGCGGACGGCGGACAAUAAUAAUUUUAAAAAAUAAAAAUAAAUAAAAUAGACGUAAAUAAUAAAUAAUGAGAAAAAAAAAGACUGAAUAAUGACGAUGUAAAUUUUGUAAACUUUAGAGAAAUAAGAAAUUUCACUAGCAACCCGGAGUGCUCUUGAUGAAAAAACUGUUGGUGUUCGUCAUUUUCGGACUAAACUUCUUUAAACCUCUUCAAAUUCCAUUUAAAUUCAGCUAUCUAUUUAUUUUAGUUAUUCUUUAGAGGAAUGACUUAAAGGGGCUAUGUCCCUGAAUAAACAGGGUCAGUAAAACUAUCUUUAUUUAUUUCCUACUUAGAGCCCCCAAGCGGGAAUCUAUAAUAUUGCAUUACGUGAUAUAAUGUUUAAUAAUUUUACCAUACGUAUUUAUCUUUGAAAUUAGUGUGCACGUUCGCUUGUGAAGAUUUCAUUCGCUGAGUUGAAAUUUAAUGCUCUGAUUAAACCACAACGAACACAAUGCAACAGUAAAAACGAAGACUAAAAAUCGAUCAAAAAAGAGAUCAAAAGUUUUUCAGGAGGUUGUAGCUUUUAUUUGAAUCAGGUUACUUAGGAUUUAAGUCAUUGACAAGAGGAUUUUUUACUGAUCGUACAUUUCUUUGCAUUUCAUAAUUUGAAUGAAUCGCUAAAACAGUAACGUGAAGCAUCAAGGUCACCCAAUGACUGUUUCCUGAAAAUGUUUAUGAGAAAGAGAAUCCAAACAUUGUCUAGGAAUUUCUAAGGUUAUGUCUUCACUUUACGGAUAGCUCUUCAAAGGCACGAAAACCCUACCAGAUACGGGCUUUUGAUCACACAUAAAAACGUUUAUUUCGGAGCGGUUUCUCUGACGGAGUGAAGCGAGGCAGCGCCGCGCCAAUCUUAAAAGUGGAUCGUCGCAUAUCGGAUAAGUUCAGUUUGUGCCACUCUUCGCGGCAGUCGGUGUUAGCAGGUGUUGUUCAUGCCAAGCCGCGGUAUUUUUCAUGUCGACUUGUUAAGCUUUCCAGUUUAAAUAGUGUAGACAAAGCUUAAUAAAGGUGAGAAAAUUCUAGUUGAUUGUUCCAUGCAUGUGCCAGGGGCACCCAACGACAAUUUUCGGAAAAAUAUUUUCGUGACGAUUUGAAUCUAGAUUUUCGGAACAUUUUUGUAAAAUUUUUGCUUGUCUCCUGAUUUUCGAACAUCUAAAAUAUGAACUUGCCUAUUUUUAACGGAUUUUUACCCUAAAAAGGUCACCUGAAUUUUCAGUUUUGUCUGGCUGAAAUUUUCGAAAAGGGCUUUUGAACCCCGGAUCACUAGACAAUACUACGAAAUCUAAAAUAAAAAUUUUUAGAAAUGAAAAUAUGCCUAUACCACGGAUUACCAAAAUACGUUUAAAAUGGUUUUAGCGUUUUGAACCUUGUCCUCAGUCGAAGUUCGCAAGAAAGAUGAGUUUUUAUAUUUUAAUUCCUAAUUUGAUAACUAAAUACAUUGACAUUCGAUGUGCAGGUUUCUGUUAGUCAGAAAGGUCCCCUUAAAUGUUCGGUCCUAAAAUAACUGAUAAAAUGUGGCCGUCGAAACGCAAGACAUAGUAUAUUCACUCAGAAAACCUGCAUUCUCAUGUUUUUGUUAGUAAACCUUUUUCGGUCUUGAUAAAAGUUUCAGAAAACUUUAAACCUUUGAAUAAUUUUAGAAGGCAUGAGUAACCCUAGAUAUGUCUAGGUAUAGGAAGAACCGUUAAAAAUUUAUCGCGGCGAUUAGAAUGCACUUGCAGACAAAUUUUAAAAUGUUUUACUAGGAGUAAUGGGAGCUUAGGACAGUGCGUUCGAUGUUUUUGUUAGGCUUACAAGUAGCAGUUGAGGUGGAAGAGUGGAUUGUCGCUGUUUAGCCGUGAACACAUUAAACAGUAUCAUUGAGAAUAUAUUUAAAAGUCUCGCUGAAAGAUCUCAUCCACAGAACUAACAAAAGUUAACUUCGUCUGGCGAUUUCUAAGUGCAGGAAACGGUAACACCUUCUGAAAUUCUCAGGUCAAAACUUCCUUUUUGUGCGGUUUGUGACCCAAUCCUUCCUAUUAAGUAGGUAUUAAUAACAACCGAGUAUUAUCUCGAAUUGCACUUUGAAGUGGCAAAUUAAUCAAAAGUGCGUACGUGCCGCACGUUUGUAGUGCAAUUCAAGUUGGCCUCUGUCCAACUUAAAUCCAACACACGGAAUGAGUUAUUCAGUAAAAUACCUUGAAAUCGGAAAUCUGAAGUUUUACGACUGUUCAGUAACACGUCGUAUGUUUUCUUUGGCUUAAUGUUCUUUUAUGAAUGUUUUGAUUUCACUGUGAACUUGUUUUAUAAGCCAAUUUUAAUCUGCACUUUUUAUACCCCAUACCCAGAUGCAGUAUCAGGGCAGGCCAACAGGUGUUCAUUGUGCUGUUUUUUGCUAGGAAUCGGAUGUUUGUCUUAGAUCAACUUGCUUUUCAUAGACGCCGUUUCACAACCAAAUUUAGCCCAGCCCGUUCAAGAAUUCGCAAACAAAUUUGACGACUAUAACGCGCUGACAAUUUCCUUGAUGAAGCGAAGUCACUCGUUUCAGUCGUUUUCGUGCAUUCGAAGCGAACGAAGUUUCCUUUAACGUACACAAAGGAGACCGACAGCUCAGCUGUUACCUUUCUUGCCAACAUUUUAAAGUAUGUAUCCACAGAGGCAAUUGGGGUCAAUAAAACGGAACUUUCUGAGUCAAAUCUAGACAAUCUAGAACAUUGUUUAUACCCCUUGCUAAACUGCAUUAACAGGAUAAAGCAGUCUAGCUACUUGUCAAAGCCUCUUUCGACUCUUCGUUUUUUUUUAUUAUUUAUUUUUAGCUGUGAUUUGGCACCUAUUAUUGUCACGUUAUUUUAUUAAUACUUGUAAUUGACCUAAAUAAUGCUCUUUUUCAUAAUUACCCGAGACAAAGAAUUUAAGAUCAUCAAAAGUGUUUUUUCUUCGUUUGUCAAUGUACGGCCAACUUUCCCGCGAUCUAAGAAAAUGAAAUAACAAGGUCCACGUCUUUCGAGGAAUCUAAGAACAGAUAAAUAAAGUAGCCCAACAAGCUAAAAACUGUCUAAAAAAAUGUGUUACAUAACCACUCAAUCACAAGGUGUCAAAAAUGUUAUUUAGAACGUAAACUGCGAGAAAUCUCGUCUCAAGCUUUUUUUUACGUUCGUUUUAUGCGACCAAAGAAAAAAUGAAAUUACGUAUUACACUUUAGGGCCGCAAAUUAUGUCUUAAAUAGAAAUCGAGCACUUGUUCAACCUUAACAACUUGUUUCAAAUAACAGUCUUGCUGCACUGAUUUUUCCAUUGGAUCAGAACAGUGAAAUAGAAUCGCGAAACGUUAGUCUUCAUUGAUCACCACCGCACGUGUAUUGGUGUUUGUGUAGAAGAGACAUGCGAGAGAAUGAACGCGUGCAUUUUGAGCAGCAGUAUUUCUUUACUGCAGAGUGCGUUUGCAAAUGCGCUCGCAGAUUUGAACGAUCGGCAAACGCGCGUUGACAUUUAGGGCACUGAUAAGGCUUUUCCCCCGUGUGCGUGCGAAUGUGGCCUUGUAAUAACCACGGACGGCUGAAAGCUUUCCCACAGACUGUGCACUUACACGGCAGAGUGUGCGUGCGUAUGUGCAUCUUAAGCGCUCCGAGGGAAACAUACGUCUUGUCGCAGUGUUUGCAUGCAAACUCCUUUCGACGGUGAUGGUGCUUGCGGAACGACGCAACUGUCGCGAAACUUCUUUGGCAUUCAUCGCACGUGUGCUUUUUUACCGCGCGCGAAUUCUUCGGGAAAUCUGUUGACUGUUGAUUUUCUUCCAUUACUUUUUUCCCACUGCAAUCUCCCGGUUUUUCUUCGUGUGUCAACAACAACCUUUCAUCUUGGUUCAGGUUCGGUGCACACUGCAACUGCUGUACGCGAGGUUGGAAAUUAUACGAUGUGGUUAUUUCUGCUGGAUAAAUCAGUGGCGUUCUGAAACCGUUCCAACUCCGCACUGUCGAAUUUUCUUGAGUUUGCACGGAAUCAGUGAUAGUUUCACCUCGGAGGUCAAGUAGGCGACCUGAUGGUUUUAAAGCAAGAUCGCGAGUUAACCAUGUGCUUCUACUGUCAAAUAAUAUCGCAACACCGGAAAACUGUGAAGUUAUUGAGCGCUUACAAUUUCAUUUUGAAGCAGUAAAAGCAGGGCAGAACUAUCUCAUUUUAAAUUGAGAUGUGUAAGAAAUGAAUUUCUGUGAAAGUUUCAAGGAAAAACGCGAAGAAAAGCGAACAGAGUUUUUUUGGCAUGAUUACACUUGUUACCUACAUGGAAUGAUCGGGCGCUGGCCUUUCUAGUUAAUGACAAGUGCACAAAAUGAAACUAGAUCGUACCUUUCGGCUUCGCUUCAUAAAAAGCGUCUUUGGUAGAUUUCUCUUGCCUCUUCUUGAUCAAGAAAGAUCGAGGCAUCGUUGGUUCUGUGUUGAGUACAGUAAUCUUAAAUCACUGCCAAACAGCUCGCUCCAGCUAAACGGAAAGCAAAUCUCUGCGCGUGUCACCUCAGAUUUGCGGAUAUUUUUUUUGCCAGAUAGUGUUAAAUCGGUGACGUCAUGUAAUCGGUUAAUAAUUUGUUCUUUUGUGUCUUUUGCAUGCACGCUUCCAGGCAAGCUGUCAGAAGAACAAUACACCAUUAGUGAUCUGGCUGUGGCAAAUCGAAGAUGGCGGGGGACGGGGGGGGAGUUCUUCCAUCAAUUUAGGACUGCCGUGCCGCGAAAGUUCUAAAUAAUAUUUGAGGGAAAUAAAAUAGAGAAUUUACGUCAUUUUUAUUGCCCCGAAACGAGUAACAAUAAUACCCGAUUUUGAGGGAAACUGGCAACGCCAGUUCGCAAGUUGUCAAUAGGUCGUUUUUAAAUCUUUUUUCUAAGUGGACUUUAUAUAAACGUCAGUGAAACUUAGCCGGUUCCAGGCUCUUAAAAUUCUAGAACAAAUCCUAUUUAAAUCGUUUUGUUAGAACGGUUACUCUUGUCCAGGUUUUUAGAAGCGGCGUAGGUUGUAUUUAUCAACCAAAUAUCAAAAUACUGUACCAUAAAAGAUACCGUGACCGGCCGCUUCGGACACGACAGGCCCUGUCUCACUGAAUCUCACCCCCCGGCGCAGGUCUCAGUUCUCGAAUGUGAAAGAUCGUUUGAGGAAUUUCUGUGGCAGGUGGGCUGUGAUGCAGACCAAUGCAAAGGCUAAGUUCGUUAUUAACAGGAAGUGACUUCUCUCGAUCUCUCCAAGCCGUGGUCAGGGUAAUCUUGAACGGAAUUUGUUUUGAUUUUGCCUGGAGAUUCGUGUUUAGUAUCAACAGGUGUUGAUCACGCAGAAAACUAUGUGAAAGAAAAGUUCAGGUUUUUAAACGCGGGUGGGAGCUCUAAAGCUCUUAACAUUACUAAAAUCACAAACUUGUCUAAAUGUUUGUUUGUUUGACCCUACAAAAAAUCCUUGAAUUACUGCUAAACCACUGCAGGAAAUUACUACGCGGUAAUGUUAUUUUCAUUGAUCAUACUCUACGAUUUUCACAGAUUGAAAGCUUGGAACCGACGUGUAAAGUAGAAUAAAAUGUAUUACAGCCAAACGUUGCCUUCUUUCCACGGUUGCACUUAAGACUUUAAUUCAGAGAUAUAGUAUAUAUUUGAAACUAUUCGUUACUGUAUACAAAGCCCGUGAACAUUACCUUGAAAACGUUCUACCCAGCUCUUAUUUUCAAGAUUACCUUUGGUUUUUGACUGAUCGCGGCGAUGGACUCAAAAAAUUAGCAGAUUGCGUUGCACUUCUCAUCAUAACAGAGCAGGAAAAUCCUGCUCACAGCCUUGAUUAAUUUUGUUUUUGAAAAAGCUGACACUAAAGAAUGUUUUCAACUUGAUUCAUUUUCUGCAAAAACAAAACUCACCUGCACAGGAAAUUAGUACAGAUUGAUAGCUUUCAUUUGGAUAGUACAAUUACAGAUGGCAUUUCCUUAAGUAAUACUAAGAUUAAUGGACAUUAAAGAAUAGUAAAUUGUUAUCAUCAUAAUCUGAAACUGACUGUCAGAGAGAUUUUCCCUAUUAAAUAAAGGUUUGUUAUUUGUUAGGCUUUAUGUGCAAAGACAAAGCGACAUUGUAUUUUGCAUGUACAAGGAUUUGUGUUGUUGAAAGGGCGUGUGAUUUUUGUUAACUGAGGUUAUGAAAACACAUAAUCUGUAUAUUUCUAGUUUUGAUAUGAUUCUACUCUGAUUUCUAAAGUCUGUUUAAUCACCAUUAUUCGUACCCACCCUCGCGAUUACAUUACAUGAUCCGGUAGAAACAGGUUUUCGCAAAUUCCUUAACCAGAAAAUCGCUGAUCAUUGCACUUUGUGACACUUGUUCUUGAAAGACGUGAUAAUAUUUCCUUUACCUGUUUAUACAUAUAACGCUGAAACGUUCCAUACCAUGUCAACAAGAACCAUAACAGUAAAUAAUUAAGGAAAAAUCUCCUGUCGAAGGGUGUAAAAGCACUCAGUUCUGUCCGUACGGCCGUUGACAUGUUUAUUUAGUGACCUUUUUUUUUCCAUUUUAGCAUUGCACGAAGCGGGCUUUUUGUUUCAAUACUUCAAAUGAGGGGGAUAUUGAACUAAACAAGCGCCAUAUCACACGUUUUAUGUUCUUUAUUCCACCUUUAAAAAACUCAAGCAUUUUUAUUCAGUGGAAAUGGAAAUGCGAAUGCAAUUUUCCCCGUGUUUUUUACAUCUGACCUGACUUUUUUAAAAUCAAUACCCAUUUUUCGUCCCGUGAUACUUCACUAGAAAACCUCUUUCAGCUCUCUUAACUUUCUUUGAUUUGUCAAAGUUAGUAAACGCGAAAGAAAAGCUAAGAGAAAAAAAAGAAUGAGAAAAAAAGAGAGAGGACUUGAGAGAGAAGAGGCCACUUUAUCCCAGUCCUCACCACGCCGUGUUUUAGCUCUCACAAUCACAAGCAACUACGACGACGACCACAACGACGACUUCAAAAAACAAUAGGUUUAAUGAUCAAAACAACAGCUCUGCACGUGCUUCACGCUUUUUAGUACAUUUCUUUGACGUCCACUGCACGACUACGACAUGAAACCUCCUAAUUUGCCGUUUUAUGGAGGACGUGGACAUAUGACGAAGAAUUUUCCUUCCUCUUUUUGAACCUGAAUAAAAUUCUUAAGAAUUCAACUCCAGGAAAAGUCGCCUGCGUUUGACAUUUUAGCGGGUCCAAAUAGACGCGAUUAAGUUUGAAAGAACGCAAAUUCAUUUUUUUACCGACGUUUUCUCUGCGGUCGUCGUGGUCCUUGCUUAAGGUCUCUAAUGAGUCUGCAAAACAGAUGGUACUUUUCGCUCUUUUGAGGAGAGCGAAGGCAAGCGCAAAGAUAAGUUACAAAAGGGCAUCUUUAUUCUCCAGUUUAUGCCAAAGAUGGAUGUAAUGUCUUCUGUCUGACGCUUAUAGAUCGAGAGAAGUCACGUAAUGGUCUGCGUCUUGGAAAAAUUCUCUUUUCAAAAAUGUUUUCUGUCUAUACUAAACCGCAAAGCUGACUUAUUCAGAUUUACUCACAUUUUCAAAAUUUUCACCCUCCCCCCCAGGACCUCUCCACCCCUCCCCACCACAGUUUAUAUAAGCUAUUUUGAGGCUAAACGUGACACUGGGUCACGGCAGUGUCGAAAUGCAUCAUGGGACUGUUUGGGGACGCUUGGCUAUUACGAGGUUGCGCAGAGAACUGGUCAAAAUUCGCCCACUCCCCCCUCCAAAAAAAAAAAACAAACAGUCCCAUAGUGCAGUUCGACCCAACACAUAGCCAUUCUCCUAUCCAACCUCCAGAUGGGCAAUAAGCCAUUUGCGAGUUCCAAAACCCUCGCUUUUUAAACGAGGCUAAGUGCAAAUUAAACCUUUCUUGAGAUAGUACGUUUCAUUGGCGUGGGAAUAAGAAAUCAUUUUCAUAUCAUUAGCUUUUCACUUAUGUCGCUUUGAAACAGAGGCCUGGGGCAACUCGGAAGUUGCCUAUUUUGUUUCGCAGCCGAAUAGAAUGUUCUUCAGUAUUGUAUACAAUAAGUGGACUAAGUAACUUUAACGAAAAGUAAUGUUCCAGAAAUAUAUUUUAUUGUUUGCAGCGACUCUCACACAAUCGCGGGUCUUCCUGGGCCCAUACACGAAGGACUUUCAAUUCUCAAAAAGGUAAUUACGCUCGCACUGUUUUUUGUGUUUCCAUUUUCAGUGCAAAAGUGACUGCUUUGACAGGAAAAAAAGAUGUUAGAUAGGUUUUUUUAUUAUUUAUUUCAUGUAAAAUAUGGACUAUUUCGUAACAGUUCUUUACCAACAAGUGCAAAAUAAAAAAUAAAACAAAGAGAAGCAACUGAAGAUAAUUUAUGGUUUGACUGUGAUCGCGGAGCAACUGAGAAAAACCUUCGACCAGCAUAAGGCUUGAUAUUAUAAGAAUGAUAUUUUCUCCACAGCAUAUGUAUGUCUCACUUUCUGAGAUUCAGAUCAAAGACGAAGAGGAGGCCUCCAACAGGCCUUUCACUAAGGUAUUUAAUUCGCGAAAAAUCGCAAAAUUUUAUGGUGUAAAAUUAUGAUUGCCGAAAUACUUUACGAAAGUACUGCUGAGGCCUCAAUUAAACGAUCAGGCCUUGUUGAGAAUGGUGACGCAAUAAAUGGCCUUUAUAUUUUUGUUUGACCGACGGAUGGUAGGAGGCCCGGUGGGGUACUCCUUAUAAUGGCCCAGACGGGAAGGCUCCGUCCGAAUAGGGUGCCUUUUUGAGGCUUUAGUUAGAUGAAAGGAUGGGGAAUUUCACUAUUGUUAAAGUACAGGAAAGGUUAGGGACAUCUAUCAUUUCAGUCUGGAAAAAGCCCAAAGAACUAACAGAAGAAUGUUAUGGCUGUGAAGAAGUAGAGAAAACGUUCCGGUUUUGUGGUUUAUUCAUAUUUAUUAAAAACUGAAUCAUUGGAUAAUGCAAUUCUAGAGCUCUCAUUGGCUUAGCCAUCAUGGUAUAUGAGCCAUUAUACCAUCCUCUCCAAAUAUGGUAACUGUACGCGUCUGCUCAAAAUUAAAAACAAGCUGAAACGCGAUUGUUUUAAAAAAUAAAGUCGGGAGAACUCUCGAUAUUUCGUUGCCAUCUACCAUCUGAUAUCCAACGCGCACUCGUGGAAUAAUUGUUAAUUAUAAGACAGUGCAUUUACAGUAGUUAAUAGGGAUGCGUAGGUUUAUACUUGGUAUUUGAAAGGGUACCAUUUGUCAAUAAAAGGUAUACGACAGGGGCUCUUUUUCUGUCAAAAAUGGUACAUAAAAGGGUACAGGGUUGGACCUCGGGGCGGAGCCUCACCAUAUAAAACCCUGUUGAGUACCCGCCCCGGGAGUAAAAGCUCUAAAGAGCUGAACUCGGGACAUGUUUUCCUAUAUAAACGGGCGUUAGGUAUUGUGAGAGAAAGAUGAUUUUAUAUUGCUAGUCAAACUGCUGUGACACGUUAGUUUGGCAUUCUUUACAGGGAAAAAUCGACGUUCCUUUAAAUUCUGUGGAACAGUUGUACGAAGCAAUGCUACCUAAUUUACCUCAAUACAUGGUGAGUAGUGUAAGCAGGUUCUAAAAAUUCCACUCAUCCAUCUAUGGGAAAGUCUGUUCUCGCAUGUUUCAUAUCCACGUAGAGAGAUAGAGAGAGUCCCGUCCGUCUGAAGCUAGGAAACGAGCGGCUGAAAACUGUUCAAAACAACUCCUGUGGAUUAAACUGCCAUGAAAUCCUCGAACUUCGUUUUGUGUAAAUAAAGCCCACAGGAAUCUACAACUGCGACAGCAACGGGAACGUCUAGAAUACAAUAGAUUUAGUAGGCGAAGUUGGGUUGAACGCCAGAAGACAAGAUUUGUGUGGUCCCGAAAUCCAGCUUUACACAGCAGUAAGAUUCACAGAUUUUUAUUUUUCUUUCAGAUCGCCCUGCUUAAGAUUCUUCUCGCUGCUGCCCCUACUGCUAAAGCUAAAACUGAGUCUAUAAACAUACUGGCAGAUGUGCUGCCUGAGGAUAUGCCGUGAGUUGAUUUUGUCAAAACAUUUGUCUUAGAUUCAUUAAUACGAACUGAGGUAUUCAGCAAAAUAAACAGUACCACAGGAAAGUACUGCUCAGUAGCUUUCAUCUGAAUGGUCACACUUUAGGAUUACAUCCACAGACUCAAAAGUUAGAUCCACCCUGUACAGCAUAAUAAACAGUACCACAGGAAAGUACUGCUCAGUAGCUUUCAUUUGAAUGGUCACACUUUAGCCAUCCACAGCUCAAAAGAAACCAGGCUAAUAAACAGUACCACAGGAAAGGACUGCUCAGGCGAAAACGAAAAUCCACAGACUCAAAAGUGAGUACCACAGAAAGUACUGCUCAGCUCUGAAUGGUCACUCUUAGCCUACGAACAGGCUCUCAAGUGGAGUGGGGCGAAAACGAAAAUCAGUGAGCGAAGUGAGCUGAGCGUCGCCGAUUUUCGUUUCCGCCCCACUCCAUUUUGGAGCCUGUUCGCAGGCUAGGUCACACUUUGGAAUUUCAUCCGUAGAGUCGAAAGCCAGAACCACCUAAUCACUGGACAGUACAAAAUCUUUUUUUUUUCUUUUACUGGUCAAACUUAAAAAAAAAUUAUCCGGCACAGAUUCGACAGGUAGAAACCACGUUUUUAAUAUAUAAUAAUAAACAGUUCCAUAGGAUCUAAAAUACUGUCCUGUAGCUUCUUUACGCCGUCUUUCCCAACUCCUUCACCCUCCCCUACCACAACCCCUUCUCCCUCCCGUCCCACUGUGUUAUCUCAUUUCAUUAGAUAUCUUUUUUACUCUUUAGUUCAUCUGUUCUUCAUUCCAUGAGAUUAGGAAUUGAUGUUAAUAGACACAAGGUAGGUUAAAAAUUGAUUCCAUAUAUUUUUAGCCUCUGGUUAAAUCCAUCUGCGAUGCACCGCCGAAGCCCUUUUUCUGUGUCCCAGGAUUUGAGUACUCGCCAAGAUUGGCCUGGUAAAAAAAGCCAUGGUUGAUUUGUCACAGUUAGAGGAAAAUUAGAAACGUAUUUCCGGUAAUUCAUUGCAGUUCGUUGGAUGCCUAGAACAAGGAUCUCGGCGCUGAUUUGUAGACGUUUCUAAUAGUCUUUAACUGUUUCCAAUUUUCUUUUAACGCUAGCUUUUUCAACAAACAAAAAAACCUGCAGGCAUCUAUGUAACUGUUUCUUCCUUCUUGUUGUCUUUCUGUUUGAAGGAGAUCAUAGUGAAAGCCAUUUCAGGAGUGCUGUUUCUUUUGUUAAAACACUUUAAGCUGAAUCAUAUAUAUCAGGUAAGGUCAACAUUGACUGCCCAAAAAAUUUAAAUCCUUUCAGUGGUUGGUAAACGUCGUAAGAUAAUGGCCGCGACUCGGAAGUCCGCGGGAAAUAAGCAGGUAGCCGAAAACAAAGCUUCGUAGACAUCUGUGAAAUGCCUAAAAAUAGGAAGCUCUAGGAAGCAUCAUUUGAUGGAGAAGAGUUGAAAAGAGUUUAAUUUAUUUUAUAGUGAUUUCCUAAAUGCAGUUUACUAACACCAAAAUCCAACUUUCGAUGCUGGUGGAAAUUUGCCUUUUAUCUUCACUUAUACCAGUCCUUAUUAGUGUAUUUACUUGUACGCUUUUAAAUGUUGCCAGGCUUCUUCUAUUCACUACGAAAUGCAAUUUUGAGAACUUUACAACUGUCUCUGGUCAGUCAAUGAAAGAUAAAUACCCUUUAGUAGACAGUUAAUUAACCCAAACUAUAACAACCGCACAACGAAGGUGUUAUGUUUGCGUUAUACGGGCGAACUAGUCUUGUAGAGCUGGACUGAAUUCUUAGUUGUUAUCGGAAUAUAUACUUUAAACAAGACUUCUUUCGGCUUCGGUUUUAUAUUUUUAAUACUAAAAAAAUUCUUCUUCUCGAAUUCUAGGUUGCCACUUGCCCAAUUGAGUACUUUAAAAGCACUUUACGGCGAAAAAAGAGGAAAAUCUUCGUGCAAAGCGUGCAAUGCGUAUACAAAUAAGCAUAUGGUUGACAGUCUUUUUUGGUACCUAACAUUAUUGUCUCGUUUCUGUCUCUAGUUUGAAUUUAUGAGCCAGCAUCUUGUGUUCGCCAACUGCAUUCCUCUAAUCCUGAAGUUCCUAAAUCAGAACAUCUCCGCGUUCAUUGCGGCCAAAAACACGUAAGUUACAACUUGUUUUUUUAAACCGAACUGAAUUUAAUUGUCGUGCUUUGUUCAGUACUGGAUGCAACACUCGCUUUUACUUCUCAGCCAAUUACAAUGACAACCAAAACAAAUUGUUUUCCCCCGCAUGUUUUCCCGCCCUUUUCGUCCGCCGUACGCUCUUUCUUUAAGAUGAUUGGUUAAUUUAAUUGCCUUCGUCCGAUGAUUGGCCAGAAUUAUCGCUGCUUCCUCCGCCAAUCAGAAACAAAAAGCACCAUGCUGGCUUUUUUUCCCGCCUUUUGCGUGUACGUUGCUUUCAUUUUUAAUUCGUCUGUUAUGAUUGACCGAAGUGGCUUUUCCUGACUUUUGUGCUGUCUCCCAAUAAGCGCCGCCCUUAAUUAAGCGAUUAAACACUUCUUGCACCGGGUACUACGGGUAACAGGACUUUGCUUAAGACUUAUGGAAGAGUUUGAGGUCAUUUUCUGUUUUUGCUUGAUUUAGCAUUCCACAGCUCGAUUUUCCAGCCUGUAUCUUGGGUGACCCCUUGGAAUUAACCGCCGAGAGUCUGGUAAGUCGAGGCUGAUUUAACUUCCAUUUUUACUAAAUAUUGUCGCGCUCCUAGAGCUUACGAUGAACAGAAAAAAAGACCACAAGUCCUUAUAGCAUUCUGGUAGUUGUGGUAAAAUGAUGCCAACUUGAAAAUGGCCGGUAAACUACUUUAACUUGAGUGUAUUUACUUUCCUCUUGCAGGCCACGCGCUGUCACUUUAGAAAAAAUUUAGUCUUUUAAAUAAUCAGAUACCGUAAAAUUCGGAAAAUAAGCCGUGGGGCUUAUAUUUUUCAAAGGCCCUUUUUGAGGGGCUUAUUUUUGGAGGGGCUUAUCUACGGAGUGAAAUUUGUGUUUCAAAAUUGAUCGGGCUAGCUUUAUAGUUGGAAGUAAAUUAACCGUUUUUGCUUUGUUUUCGCUUGUAUUUGAGGGCAGUUUUCCAAGUACAAGCCCCCGGAGGGCUUAUAUUUGGAGGGGCGAUUCAACGGAGGUUUUUUGCGUUACCGGUUUGGGGGACUUAUAUUUGGAGGGGCUUAUACAUGGAGGGGCUUAUUUUCGGAAUUUUACGGUAUAUAUGCAUAAUUUUUGAAACGAAGAAAGAUCAUAGAUUUCACAGGACCAACACAGGAACAAAAACCACCCGAUGUAAAGAGGAAUGGGUACUAGCUUUCGGCGCCAUGAUUUCUGGGAUCCUUUUGGUGGGCGAGCGUUUGUUGUGAUUUGUUGGUCGUUUCCAGAGGCAACCAGUAACCAGUCAAAACUAACGCUUGUCCACUCAAACGAUUAGAACUAGCUGCUUCGAUCUCCCUUUUUAGCUCAUAAUCUAGAGAUGAAUUUAGGAAAGAAAACCUAGUACAUGUGGGUUUCACUCUCUAUUUAGCUAAAUUGCUGACUGGUAACUGACACAUUAUUUGUUUUAACAAAAUCAGCGCCACGCACUUUGGGUACUUACGCAAUGACUGAAACGUUGUCGUCGUUUUAUUUUUUUACAGGAAAAUGCUGAUCAAGAGGCCUGCUGUUGGAGGAACUUGUUUUCUUGUAUCAAUCUUGUGCGGGUACUGCAGAAACUUACGAAGUGGAAACAUUCGCGAACAAUGGUGUGUCUUUUUUAUAGGAUUAUCAUGUCGCUUAUAUUGUGUGGUACCUCAAGAAAAACAGAAACAACCGUUUUUUAGAAACUCCUAAAAGAUUUCUUUUUUUUAAAAAUUUAAAAGUGCGUCCCUGUAACGAACCGGCCAAUAACGCAUUUCGACCGGUUCAGUGUCCCCAGGAUAACGACCAAACUGAGAAACAAUUGUUCUUGGACGCAUUUCAUUUCUGCGUUCAUAAAGUUCUCAUUUUCCAAUUUAAGCAAAAAGUGAUGAAAAAAAAAUUAGAUGAACCAUUCCGGUCUCGUUGUUUAGUAGCUCAAACUGAGUUCAUAUCUCCCGUGGGGAUUAAGUGUAUAGUCUGCGGUUGUAGAUGAAAGUGAAGAAUGAUCAUCGCAGUAAAUUUUCCAAAUAUUUUCUUGUUUUAGAUGCUGGUUGUGUUCAAGUCUGCGCCGAUAUUAAAGCGCGCUUUAAAGGUCAAACACGAACUUCUUCAACUGUAUGUGCUAAAGGUUAGUUAAUGAUAUUUUUCUGCUGGAAAACUUUUUUGGGGGAGACGGUUUUGUUUCUAGUGGUUAUUAAUAGCCUUUUGCUGUACGUUAUCAUGACAGAGGGAUUUUGAUUGAAAGGUUCCUGGUCAGUUAGCUUCUUCUCCUCGCGAACCAUCGGAAAUGAUGGAAACCUUCGUAUUGUCGUCGGAUAGUAUUCAGGGAGUUAAAAAAUAUGUUUGGAAGUACAUCGUGAGAAUUAUAUGCAACUAUUUGUUUGAUAUAUUACUCAUACUCAACUUGGGGGAGAAAGGGUAACACAGUGCCUUCCACCAACGUGGCGCGGAUGCCAUGUGUUGGUUGAGUUUGUUGUUGGUUGUCUCUCUUGCUUUGAAAGGUUUUUCUCCGGGUAUGCGGUUUUCUCCACUCCUUAAAAAACAGCAUUUCGAAAUUCCAGUUCGAUCAGGAAUCAGGUAGACAAAGAACGACACUGUGUAUGUGCUAACUGUAAAUCGUUAUUUAUUUCUAUUUAUUCGUCAUCUUAUUUCACGCGGCUGAGAGGUGAUAAUCAACGCUACUGUCUCUGUUUAGAAUAACGGAUUUUCGUAGUUAUAUUUCAACAAUUGGUGCUUGUUUUAUCUCGCAGCUGCUGAAGGCCCAGACAAAGUAUUUAGGGAGAAAUUGGAGGAAGAGCAACAUGAAGACCAUGUCGGCAAUUUAUCAGAAAGUGCGCCAUCGUCUUAAUGACGAUUGGGCUUAUGGCAACGGUGAGUGGAGGAAACGCUGGAUUUGAAUACUGCUUCAGUCCAGAAUAAUUACUUUGAUUUGUAUUGUGUAUUCCUUGGAUUGCUAGACCUAUUUUUGGGGAGGGAGGGGGGGGGGGGGGGGUUACAUAUCCAUUUAAACCUCUCCUAAAAUAUUCCAGAAAAGAGCUUACUAAGAAGCUAAAAUGGUGUGUGCGGCAAUAGAAUGCUGACCGUAAAUGGAUGGUGAACUUAAAUUUAAAUUGUGUUUUAUUGUGAUUGCUGCGAAAAGUUUCAUAAAGUUCAGGAAAGAAAACUGACGCAAACCGGGAAUCAAAUAAAAUGUUUUUGAGUCCGGCCAGUUGUGAAUAGCAGAUGGUCACAUAGUAUACCACUGCUAGUAUUUUCAGAAUGAUUAAAAUUUUCUCGAGACGUCAUUAUCGCUGUGUGUAAGUUGGAGCUGGAAAACUAGAGCUUGUCGUUGUAUUUUGUGGUUUUCUUUUGUCUUGGGAUAACAGAUGACUGUAAGAUAAAAAGCGUAAUCGCCUUUCCGAUCAGAGAGAGUGUGAGUUCUUUUAAGCCUUGGUGUCGGCAAAUUUCAUUGUGUUCUCCUUGUGCAGGACGUGUUUGACAGCCCGUUUUCUUUGCUUAUAAUUGACAGAUCUCGAUGCGCGCCCGUGGGAUUUCCAGGCAGAGGAAUGCGCUUUGCGCGCUUGCGUAGAUCGCUUCAACAGCAGAAGAUAUGGUUUUGACAACGGAGAACGCCUGGGUGAUAACAGCGAGGAGGAUGAAUAUCAGCCAGUUGAUAACGAUGUUCUGAGCGUGCUCGGAGGGAAGGUUGAGCUUAGCAGCGAGUUCAAGAACAAUUAUGAACGAUGGCUUGACCGUGAGGUCUUUUCUGUAUCAAUAGACUGGGACCAACUUUGUACAUGCGUGCAAUAACCAGGCUUGAUAAAGGCAAAAUAAUUCUACCUGAAGGAGGUUGGACACCUUAUGACGCCUACACAAUAUAGCAGUAGCUAUUAGUGAGGUGUAGUGUUUAGGGUUACAAAGGGUAGUGAAUUAUGUGCUGUACAGGCUUCAGACUGCGUCUCCGACAGGACUACUCACUAACUUUCAUUUCAGUAGAACUGCCGGUCUAUUAUCAGGCCCUCCAUCAUAUUGUUAUCUGAGAAAUUGUCAUGAUCCCAUUAUUAUUUUUUGUAUGACUGAUAUAUGAUACUACAAAUGCAAAUUAAAAUUAACUUGACCU